AUGUAUAAGUUUAUACUUUUACUUGGAAUAUGCUCAGCGUUGGCUUCUGAUAGUAAGCCACCAGAAAAGGCGCCGGCGAAGCAUACAGCGAGAAUACCAGUAGCUGAUAAGUGUUCGCAAAUUGUUGGCUGUUACUACGUUAAUAAUGAAAAUGAGCAAGUUGAUCCAACACUAAACAUAGAGAUGAUCGAUGUGUCUCUUUGCUCUCACUUAUUUUACAAUACCGCUUUUAUUGGCAAAAACGGUUCUGUAGAAUUGCUUUAUGAAUGUACAGAUUGUCCAGGUAUGGAAUGGAAUUCAUUUGAAAGGGUCAACGAUCUCCGAAAAAGAAACAGACGCUUCAAAACCUUAGUUGCCAUGGAAGAAGCAUCACUCAAAGAAAAAUUCGAUAAAGAUGGUUUCAUUUUAGCUUUAGCAGUUGACGCUAGAGAAUCGACUGCUAACAAAUAUGAUAUUAAAGAAAUAUCUGAGUAUGUGAGCUUCAUUAAUUUGAGGGCUUACAAUUUUCACGGAGACAGAACCUAUGAUCCUAGCAACAUAGUAAAAGCUGGUCAUAUUGCUCCACUGUAUCAUUCAUCAAAAGAAAAUGCGGAGGAUCGGAAAUUGAACGUGGACUAUAUUGUAAAAUACUGGCUUUCGAAGGGUACUCCGCCAAACAAGUUAAUACUGGGAACUACUUUUAACGGACUAGAAUAUAAUUUAGCUAAUCCAAAACAAGUUGGUAGAGACGCACCAGUUGUUGAAGAUCCAAAAUAUGCUUUACGAGAUCCAAGCUAUUACUAUACUUGUCCAUGGGAAAAGACUCGAGUAUGGACAACUUUCUGGGACAAAGAACAGCAAGUGCCAUACAUCUCCAAAAGAGAGAAAAUGAUUGCCUACGAUAGUGUUGCCUCUAUCAAGCUGAAGGCUGAAUACGCUAAACGGAUGCAGCUUGGUGGUGUAUUUGCAGAUAGUAUAGAAGGAGAUGAUUUCAGUGGACACUGUGGAGGGGAGAAGUUCCCACUUCUGACUACAUUGAGCCGAGUCCUGAGAGACAAAUGUUAA